AUGGAUUUGUACGCCAAGAACUCGGAAGGUCACAAGUCUUUCGUGCUCAUGCAUUGCUAUGGCAAGCUCAAAAUGAAUGAGAAAUGGCGGCUGACGCGCUUGUCGUCGUCCAAGGGGAAGGACGCCAUUGAUCUGGACGCGCCGCCGAGAGCCAGCCGCGCCGGCGGGGGCGCCGCCUCAAUGGUGUCGGCGAGCACGGUGCUCACGCUGCUGGGCUUCUGCGCCAGCGUCCUCUUCAUCGUCUACGUGUGCUCCCGGCUCGUCUGCACCCUCAUCCGCCGCGUGCGCCGCCGCCCCCGCCGCCCCUCGCCGCCGCUCCCCCGCUUCCCUCCCCUCGCGGCCAGGGCCGGCUAUUCCUCCCACAUCCUGCCCGGCCGCCAGGGCCACGCCGCUGGAUCGGGAGGGCUCGACUCCGCUGCGGUCGCCGCCUUCCCCACCCGCGCCUUCUCCUCCGCUGGCGAGGCGGCGGACGCCUCCGCUAUGUGUGUUGUCUGUCUCGCAGAAUAUGAGGAUGCCGACUUUCUCCGUGUCCUUCCUUACUGUGGCCACGAUUUCCAUGUGGCCUGCGUCGACAUCUGGCUAAAGCAGCACUCGACAUGUCCUGUCUGUAGAGUUUCACUUCGCGGCAACCCUGGAAUCAAGCACGCCGUGCCGCAUCGACCAAGUGAGUUGAUAGUAAUUACCUCAUGCUCUCCUGAAGUGUCAGGAUCCGAUCCUUGCCGCUGCCUCUUUGGCGGCAGAGGGCAUUCACCAAGGACAUCGUCAGAGGUUCUUACAAAUGAACCAGACCAGGCGAAUCAGAUUCAGGUAGUGUGCCAUCCUCCAUCCGAGGAUCGGGGAAACAGUCUGACACCAUCUGAGGUUAGGUUUCCUGGUGAGAAUAACAAUCAAACGGUGAAACUGAACAUAGAGAGUCCUCGUGUUGUUGGCAUUCCUUGAUGUAACCCUGGCUAGUACUCUACAGGGCGCAAGGUAUCCGCUUGGAGUUCCUUUCUGCGCGUCAGAGCAGACCUGUAAACACUUUGAGGUGUGCAAGGAUGGCUGUUAUAUGUUAGUUUUCAGGGAGCUGAUGUAAAUAUGAGAAUUCGUUCAUUCAGGUUUCUUCUUAAAAGUACCACAAAAUUUGUUGAUCA